AAAUAGGAAGUGACGUAAUGUUUUCCUCGUUUGCACUCUGAAGCAGUUAACGUUACAAUGGCACCGCUGGACCUAGAUAAAUAUGUUGAGAUUGCAAGACAGUGUAAAUACCUCCCAGAAAACGACUUAAAGAGAUUAUGUGACUAUGUCUGCGAUCUUCUGCUGGAGGAGUCCAAUGUACAGCCUGUGUCCACUCCAGUCACAGUGUGUGGGGAUAUACAUGGACAGUUUUACGAUCUUUGUGAACUGUUCAGAACUGGGGGACAAGUUCCUGACACAAACUACAUUUUUAUGGGUGACUUUGUUGACCGUGGUUAUUACAGCCUGGAGACCUUCACAUAUUUGCUGGCAUUGAAAGCCAAGUGGCCUGACCGCAUCACUCUGCUGCGAGGAAACCAUGAGAGCCGGCAGAUCACACAAGUGUAUGGAUUUUACGAUGAGUGCCAAACAAAAUAUGGAAACGCAAACGCCUGGCGAUACUGCACAAAAGUUUUUGACAUGCUGACAGUUGCAGCUUUAUUGGAUGAGCAGAUCCUGUGUGUCCACGGUGGCCUGUCGCCUGACAUCAAGACACUGGACCAAAUUCGCACUAUUGAGCGUAACCAGGAGAUCCCACACAAGGGCGCUUUCUGUGACCUGGUGUGGUCAGACCCUGAGGAUGUGGACACCUGGGCCAUCAGCCCAAGGGGUGCUGGCUGGCUUUUUGGGGCCAAGGUCACCAAUGAGUUUGUUCACAUCAACAACCUGAAGCUGAUCUGCCGGGCUCACCAGCUGGUGCACGAGGGCUACAAGUUCAUGUUCGAUGAGAAGCUGGUGACGGUGUGGUCGGCCCCCAACUACUGCUACCGCUGCGGAAACAUCGCCUCCAUCAUGGUGUUCAAAGAUGCCAACACCAGGGAGCCCAAGCUCUUUCGUGCCGUGCCCGACUCGGAGAGGGUCAUCCCCCCCAGAACAACCACGCCCUAUUUCCUCUGAGGGCACACACACCUGUAACGCACAGGUCAUCCCCCCCAGAACAACCACGCCCUAUUCCCUCUGCGCACACACACCUGUAACGCACAGGUCAUCCCCCCCAGAACAACCACGCCCUAUUCCCUCUGCGCACACACACCUGUAACACACAGGUCAUCCCCCCCAGAACAACCACGCCCUAUUCCCUCUGCGCACACACACCUGUAAUGCACAGGUCAUCCCCCCAGAACAACCACGCCCUAUUCCCUCUGAGCAGACACACACCUGUAACGCACAGGUCAUACCCCCCAGAACAACCACGCCCUAUUCCCUCUGACCGCACACACAUCUGUAACACACAAGUCAUCCCCCCCAGAACAACCACGCCCUAUUCCCUCUGAGCAGACACACACCUGUAACACACAGGUCAUACCCCCCAGAACAACCACGCCCUAUUCCCUCUGAGCAGACACACACCUGUAACACACAGGUCAUCCCCCCCAGAACAACCACGCCCUAUUCCCUCUGCGCACACACACCUGUAACACACCCCCUGCUCUGAGGUCUCUUCCCUCCCCCGCAUAUCAUGUACAAUCUCUGCUCUCUGCCAUUGACCUUCCCAUUAGCGUUUUUAUCCUGUUUACUGCUGUCCAUCUCUCCCACCUUUUAAAAUGUCUCAUUAUUAUUUUAUUUAUUGCUGUAAACCAAAUUGCCAGCAUGAAAGGCUGACUGAAUACGUAGUCACAUUGCUCUUUAUAUUGUUAUAACGGUCACUGUUCUCGCAAUGUUUUAUCUUUUUAUGCCAGGUUCCAAGCACAUAUGUUUGCACUAGACGCGUGCUGUGAACUGCACUUACUAUUCCUCACCAUACUGUAUUGUUUGAUUUGGUUUUAUGAACAUAAAUGUGUUUUCUGACAUUUGUAAACAGGGAUGGAAUAUGAACAUCAAACCUUCUGAGUGUCAUCUUCAGCUUCAAGCACUGUCAAAUUUUAGAGCUUAGUGAUUGUAAUAGGCUAGGGAAGCAGUAAUUUGUUGGUUUUGAAACUGUUUGGAUGGAGGGUUGUUGGUUUUAAUCCCAGGUUGAGCACUGCUUUUGUACCCUAUAAGCAAGGUACUUGCUUGAAUUGCUUUUGUAAAUAUUAGCUGUGUAAGUGGUUGAUAUGCAAGAAUGUAAUCUGCAAGUUGUCCUGGAUAAGGGUGUCAACUAAGCCACUAAAAUUGUGCAAUAAAUUUAGAUUAAUGCUAUGUUACAGAAUAACAUGCUUUAUAUGUAUAUGUAUUUGUAUGUUACUGUGAAAAUCCCUUGACAGGUCAUUCUGAACUGGACUGUCAAAGAAAAGAAAAAUGUAUUUUUAUCUAUGUAUCUGUGGAGUUAGUUAAUCUAGUUUCUUUACAGAUAUACUGUAUAUUGGCUUCUCUCUUGCAUACAGCAGAAAAAGUAAAGGAGUAGCUAUUUUUGUGCAAAUGGGAAGAUCAGAUGGCCUGUCUAAUCUAUGUAAUUAGCUGGCCUGUGUUGAAUUUAUACUUUGGAUGUUUGUUAUUUUAUUUUUUAUUUGAUUAGUUUAAUUUUAUUGUAGUAGAAAUGUCAACCAAUAUAGUGCACAAGUAUUGGAAAUAAAACUGAUUUCUUCACAUGA